AUGCAGGCAAAUACGGUAAUUGGUCUUGUGUCAUGUCACAAGAUUUUCAACUUUCCUAUUCUUACCUAUUACCUUCCUAUUUUUUUCUUCUUUUUUAGUUCCCUUUUCUCUCUCCCCCUUUACUUGUUCUAUUCUUUUCUUUUAUUUUACGCCCACAGUCUUUCUUUUUUCGUUUUUUUUUUUAGUUUUCUAUGUCUUUCUUUCUUUUAUGUUCUAGUUCCUUUCAUUCUUCAUUGUGAAGAGAGGGAGACUCCUUCAAGACAUUUUACCCUAGACACAGCACUACUGCAGUACAUGAGCAGCUCCCGCUUCGGGAGUGCCCAUAACGUGACACACUUCUUUCAUUUUCUUGCUUCUGUCUUUUCUUCUUUCUCUUACAUUGGUUUAUUUCUUUCUUUUGCUUUUUUCUUCUUCUCUUUCCUUCCUUUUCAAUGUUCUUUUUUCCAUCAUUCUUUUUCUUCUUUCAUUCUUUCUUUUUUCCUUUUCCCCAGUCUCGAUUAUUUUCCUAUUUUUUCUUAUCGUAUCUUUUCUCUUUUGUCAUUUUUGCGUAUCGUCUUUUCUUCCUGUUUCUUUUCUUCGAUUCUGUUUUUUCCUGUUUCUUUUCUCACAUUUUCAAUUCGAUUCUUAGAAAAUUCGAUUUUUGAAGUUUCUUCCUGUUUCUUUUUCUUUUCUCAAAAUUUCUUCCUGUUUCUUUUCUCCACAUUUCUCGAUUCUGAAGUUUCUUCCUGUUUCUUUUCAUUUCUCGAUUCUAGAAAGUUUCUUCCUGUUUCUUUUCUCACAUUUCUCGAUUCUAGAAGUUUCUUCCUGUUCUUUUCUUUUCUCAUAUUUCUUCGAUUUCUCGAUUCUGAAAAAGUUUCUUCCUGUUUCUCACAUUUCUCGAUUCUUUUCUUCCUGUUUCUUUCUCAUUUUCUCGAUUCUAGAAGAUUCUUCCUGUUUCUUUUCUCACAUUUCUCGAUUCUAGAAGUUUCUUCCUUUUUCUUUUCUCAUUUCUCGAUUCUAAAGUUUCUUCCUGUUUCUUUUCUCACAUUUCUCGAUUCUAGAAGUUUCUUCCUGUUUCUUUUCUCCACAUUUCUCGAUUCUAGAAGUUUCUUCCUGUUUCUUUUCUCACAUUUCUCGAUUCUAGAAGUUUCUUCCUGUUUUCUUUUCUCAUUUCUCGAUUCUAGAAGUUUCUUCCUGUUUCUUUUCUCAUUUCUCGAUUCUAGAAAGAUUCUUCCUGUUUUUUUCUCAUUUCUCGAUUCUGUUUCUUCCUGUUUCUUUUUUCUCACAUUUCUCGAUUCUAGAAGUUUCUUCCUGUUUCUUUUCUCACAUUUCUCGAUUCUAGAAGUUUCUUCCUGUUUCUUUCUCACAUUUCUCGAUUCUAGAUUUUCUUCCUGUUUCUUUUCUCACAUUUUCUCGAUUCUAGAAGUUUCUUCCUGUUUCUUUUCUCUCAUUUCUCGAUUUAGAAAAGUUUCUUCCUGUUUCUUUUCUCAUUUCUCGAUUCUAGAAGAUUUCUUCCUGUUUCAUUUUCUCACAUUUCUCGAUUCUAGAGUUUCUUCCUGUUUCUUUUCUCACAAGUUUCUUCCUGUUUCUUUUCUCACAUUUUUCUCGAUUCUAGAAGUUUCUUCCUGUUUCUUUUCUCACAUUUUUCUCGAUUCUAGAAGUUUCUUCCUGUUUCUUUUCUCAUAUUCUCUCGAUUCUAGAAGUUUCUUCCUGUUUCUUUUCUCUCAUUUCUCGAUUCUAAAGUUUCUUCCUGUUUCUUUUCUCACAUUUCUCGAUUCUAAGUUUCUCCUGUUUCUUCCUUCUCGAUUUUUCUGUUUCUUUUUCUCAUAUUUCUCGAUUCUAAGAUUCUUCUCGAUUCUAGAAGUUUCUUCCUGUUCUUUUCGAAGAAGUUUCUUCCUGUUUCUUUUCUCACAUUUCUCGAUUCUAGAAAAGUUUCUUCCUGUUUCUUUUCUCACAUUUCUCGAUUCUAGAAGUUUCUUCCUGUUUCUUUUCUCACAUUUCUCGAUUCUAGAAAUUUCUUCCUGUUUCUUUUUCUUUCAUUUCUCGAUUCUAGAUUCUUUUCUUCCUGUUUCUUUCUCAUAUUUCUCGAUUCUAGAAAAGUUUCUUCCUGUUUCUUUUCUCACAUUUCUCGAUUCAGAAAUUUCUUCCUGUUUCUUUCUCACAUUUCUCGAUUCUAGAAGUUUCUUCCUGUUUCUUUUCUCACAUUUCUCGAUUCUAGAAGUUUCUUCUGUUUCUUUUCUCACUUCGAUUCUAAGUUUCUUCCUGUUUCUUUUCUCAUUUCUCGAUUCUAGAAGUUUCUUCCUGUUUCUUUUCUCACAUUUCUCGAUUCUGAAGUUUCUUCCUGUUUCUUUUCUCAUAUUUCUCGAUUUUAGAAGUUUCUUCCUAAGUUUCUUCCUGUUUCUUUUCUCACAUUUCUCGAUUCUAGAAGUUUCUUCCUGUUUCUUUUUCACAUUUCUCGAUUCUAGAAGUUUCUUCCUGUUUCUUUUUCUCACAUUUCUCGAUUCGAAAUUUCUUCCUGUUUCUUUUCUCACAUUUCUCAUUUUCUCGAUUCUAGAAAAGUUUCUUCCUGUUUCUUUUCUCAUAUUUCUCGAUUCUAGAAGUUUCUCUUCCUGUUUAUUUUCUCAUUUCUCGAUUCUAGAGUUUCUUCCUGUUUCUUUUCUCACAUUUCUCGAUUCUAGAAGUUUCUUCCUGUUUCUUUUCUCACAUUUCUCGAUUCUAGAAGUUUCUUCCUGUUUCUUUUCUCAUAUUUCUCGAUUCUUGAAGUUUCUUCCUAAGUUUCUUCCUUUUUCUUUUCUCAUUUCUCGAUUCUUUCUUCCUGUUUCUUUUCUCACAUUUCUCGAUUCUAGAAGUUUCUUCCUGUUCUUUUCUCCUUUUCUCGAUUCUAGAAGUUUCUUCCUGUUUCUUUUCUCAUUUUUCUCGAUUCUAGAAGUUUCUUCCUGUUCUUUUCUCUCAUUUCUCGAUUCUAGAAGUUUCUUCCUGUUUCUUUUCUCCAUUUCUCAUUCUAGAAGUUUCUUCCUGUUUCUUUUCUCACAUUUCUCGAUUCUAAGUUUCUUCCUGUUUCUUUUCUCACAUUUCUCGAUUCUAGAAGUUUCUUCCUGUUUUUUUCUCCACAUUCUCGAUUCUAGAAGUUUCUUCCUGUUUUUUCUCACAUUUUCGAUUCGAAUUCUGUUUCUUUCUCUCAUUUCUCGAUUUUUGAAGUUUCUUUUCCUGUUUCUUUUCUCAUUUCUCGAUUCUAGAAGUUUCUUCCUGUUUCUUUUUUCUCAUUUCUCGAUUCUAGAAGUUUCUUCCUGUUUCUUUUCUCACAUUUUCUCGAUUCUAGAAGUUUCUUCCUGUUUCUUUUCUCACAUUUUCUCGAUUCUAGAAGUUUCUUCUGUUUCUUUCUCAUAUUUCUCGAUUCAGAAUUCUUCCUGUUUCUUUUCUCAUUUCUCGAUUCUAAUUUCUUCCUGUUUCUUUUCUCAUUUCUCGAUUCUAGAAGUUUUCUUCCUGUUUCUUUUCUCACAUUUCUCGAUUCUAGAAGUUUCUUCCUGUUUCUUUUCUCAUUCUAGUUUUCCUAAGUUUCUUCCUGUUUCUUUUCUCACAUUUCUCGAUUCUAGAAGUUUCUUCCUGUUUCUUUUCUCAUUUCUCGAUUCUAGAAGUUUCUUCCUGUUUCUUUUCUCAUAUUUCUCGAGUUUUCUUCCUGUUUCUUUUCUCAUUUUCUCUUCCUUUUUCCUUUCUUUUCUCAUAUUUCUCGAUUCUAGAAGUUUCUUCCUGUUUCUUUUCUCACAUUUUCUCGAUUCUAGAAGUUUCUUCCUGUUUCUUUUCUCACAUUUCUCGAUUCUAAGUUUCUUCCUGUUUCUUUUCUCACAUUUCUCGAUUCUAGAAGUUUCUUCCUGUUUCUUUUUCUCAUUUCUCGAUUGCAGUUUCUUCCUGUUUCUUUCUCAUUUCUCGAUUCUAGAAGAUUCUUCCUGUUUCUUUUCUCAUUUCUCGAUUCUAGAAGUUUCUUCCUGUUUCUUUUCUCACAUUUUCUCGAUUCUAGAAGUUUCUUCCUGUUUUUUUCUCACAUUUCUCGAUUCUAGAAGAUUCUUCUUCCUGUUUCUUUUCUUUUUUUUUUCAAUUCUAGAAAAGUUUCUUCCUGUUUCUUUUCUCACAUUUCUCGAUUCUAGAAGUUUCUUCCUGUUUCUUUUCUCACAUUUCUCGAUUCUGAAGUUUCUUCCUGUUUCUUUUUCAUUUCUCAGUUUCUUCCUGUUUUUUUCUCAAUUUCUCGAUUCUAAGUUUCUUCCUGUUUUUCUCACAUUUCUCGAUCUAGAAUUUUUCUUCCUGUUUCUUUUCUCCAUUUUCUCGAUUCUAAGUUUCUUCCUGUUUCUUUUCUCACAUUUCUCGAUUCUAAGUUUCUUCCUGUUUCUUUUCUCACAUUUUCGAUUCCUAAGUUUCUUCCUGUUUCUUUUCUCAUUUCUCGAUUCUAGAAGUUUCUUCCUGUUUCUUUUUCUCACAUUUCUCGAUUCUAGAAGAUUCUUCCUGUUUCUUUUCUCACAUUUUCUCGAUUCUGAAGUUCUUCCUUUUUUCUUCCUGUUUCUUUUUCUCUCAUUUCUCGAUUCUAGAAGUUUCUUCCUGUUUCUUUUCUCACAUUUCUCGAUUCUAGAAGUUUCUUCCUGUUUCUUUUCUCUUUUUCUCGAUUCUAGAAGUUUCUUCCUAUUUUCCUGUUUCUUUUCCACAUUUCUUUCUUUUCUGUUCCACAUUUCUCUCGAUUCUAGAAGUUUCUUCCUGUUUCUUUUCUCACAUUUCUCGAUUUAUUCUAAAUUUCUUCCUGUUUCUUUUCUCACAUUCUCGAUUCUAGAAGUUUCUUCCUGUUUCUUUUCACAUUUCUCGAUUCUAGAAAAGUUUCUUCCUGUUUCUUUUCUCAUAUUUCUCGAUUGGGAAAGUUUCUUCUUCCUGUUUCUUUUCUCACAUUUCUCGAUUCUAGAGAUUUCUUCCUGUUUCUUUUCUCCAUUUCUCGAUUCUAAUAAAUUUCUUCCUUUUUCUUUUCUCAUAUUUCUCGAUUCUAAAGUUUCUUCCUGUUUCUUUUCUCAUUUUUCUCCUGAUUCUAACGUUUCUUCCUGUUUCUUUUCUCAUAUUUUCUCGAUUCUAAUUUUCGAUUCCUGUUUUCUUUUUCCACAUUUCUCGAUUCUAAGAUUUUCUGUUUCUUUUCUCACAUUUCUCGAUUCUGAAAAGUUUCUUCCUGUUUCUUUUCUUUUCUCGAUUCUAAAGUUUCUUCCUGUUUCUUUUCUCACAUUUCUCGAUUCUAGAAGUUUCUUCCUGUUUCUUUUCUCACAUUUCUCGAUUCUAGAAUUUCUUCCUGUUACUUUCUCACAUUUCUCGAUUCUAGAAGUUUCUUCCUGUUUCUUUUCUAAUUUCUCGAUUCUGAAGUUUCUUCCUAAGUUUCUUCCUGUUUCUUUUCUCAUAUUUCUCGAUUCUAGAAGUUUCUUCCUGUUUCUUUUUUCUCAUUUCUCGAUUCUAGAAAUUUCUUCCUGUUUCUUUCUCGAUUUCUCGAUUCUAGAAGUUUCUUCCUGUUUCUUUUCUCAUUUCUCGAUUCUAGAAGUUUCUUCCUUUUCUUUUCUCACAUUUCUCGAUUCUAUUCUUCUGUUUUUCUUCACAUUUCUCGAUUCUAAGGUUUCUUCCUGUUUCUUUUCUCAUUUCUCGAUUCUAGAAAGUUUCUUCCUGUUCUUUUCUCACAUUUCUCGAUUCAAAGUUUCUUCCUGUUUCUUUUCUCAUUCUAGAUUUCUCAAGUUUCUUCCUGUUCCUUUUCUCACAUUUCUCGAUUCUAGAAGUUUCUUCCUGUUUCUUUUCUCACAUUUCUCGAUUCUAAGUUUCUUCUGUUCUUUUCUCCAAUUUCUUCCUGUUUCUUUUCUCACAUGUCUCGAUUCUAGAAGUUUCUUCCUGUUUCUUUUCUCACAUUUCUCGAUUCUAGAAGUUUCUUCCUGUUUCUUUUCUCAUAUUUCUCGAAUCUUGAAGUCUCUUCCUAAGAUUCUUCCUUUUCUUUUCUCAGAGUUUAAAAGUUUCUUCCUGUUUCUUUUCUCAUUUCUCGAUUCUAGAAGUUUCUUCCUGUUUCUUUUCUCAUAUUUCUCGAUUCUAGAAGUUUCUUCCUGUUUCUUUUCUCACAUUUCUCGAUUCUGGAAGUUUCUUCCUGUUUCUUUUCUCAUAUUUCUCGAUUCUAGAAGAUUCUUCCUGUUUCUUUUCUCACAUUUCUCGAUUCUAGAAGUUUCUUCCUGUUUCUUUUCUCAUAUUUCUCGAUUCUUUCUUCCGUUUCUUUUCUAUUUCUCGAUUCUAGAGUUUCUUCCUAAGUUUCUUCCUGUUUCUUUUUUUCUCGAUUCUAGAAGUUUUCUUUACGGUUUUCUUUUCUCGAUUCUAGAAGUUUCUUCCUGUUUCUUUUCCAUUUUCUCGAUUCUAGAAGUUUCUUCCUGUUUCUUUUCUCUCGAUUCUAGAAGUUUCUUCCUUUUCUUCCUGUUUCUUUUCUCCCAUUUCUCGAUUCUAGAAAUUUCUUUUUCUUUUCUCCCAUUUCUCGAUUCUAGAAGUUUCUUCUUCCUUUUCUCAUUUCUUUCUGAACAAAAUUUCUUCCGUUUCUUUUCUCACAUUUUCUCGAUUCUGAUUUCUUCCUGUUUCUUUUCUCAUUUCUCGAUUCUAAGUUUCUUCCUGUUUUUUUUCUCCAUAUUUCUCGAUUUUAGAAGAUUCUUCCUGUUUCUUUUCUGUUCUCGAUUCUUUCUUCCUGUUCCUUUUCUCACAUUUCUCGAUUCUAGAAAUUUCUUCCUGUUUCUUUUCUCAUUUUUCUCGAUUCUAGAAGUUUCUUCCUGUUUCUUUUUCUCACAUUUCUCGAUUCUAGAAGUUUCUUCCUGUUUCUUUUCUCAUUUCUCGAUUCUAGAAGUUUCUUCCUGUUUCUUUUCUCCACAUUUCUCGAUUCUAGAAGUUUCUUCCUGUUUUCUUUUCUUUUCUCGAUUCUACAGGUUUCUUCCUGUUUUCUUUUUUCAUUUCUCGAUUCUAGAAGUUUUCUUCCUGUUUCUUUUUCAUAUUUCUCAUUCUUUCUCCAUUUUCUUGAAGUUUCUUCCUGUUUCUUUCUCAUGUUCUCGAUUCUUUCUUUUUCUUUUUUCACAUUUCUCGAAGAAGUUUCUUCCUGUUUCUUUUCUCACAUUUCUCGAUUCUAGAAGUUUCUUCCUGUUUCUUUUCUCACAUUUCUCGAUUCUAGAAGUUUCUUCCUGUUUCUUUUCUCCAUUUUCUCGAUUCUGUUUCUUCCUGUUUCUUUUCUCACAUUUCUCGAUUCUAGAAAGUUUCUUCCUGUUCCUUUUUCUCACAUUUCUCGAUUCUAGAAUUUUCUUCCUGUUUCUUUUCUCACAUUUCUCGAUUCUAGAAAAGUUUCUUCCUGUUUCUUUUCUCACAUUUCUCGAUUCUAGAAGUUUCUUCCUGAUUCUUUUCUCAUAUUUCUCGAUUCUAGAAGUUUCUUCCUGUUACUUUUCUCACAUUUCUCGAUUCUUUUCUUCCUGUUUCUUUUCUCCAUUUUCUCGAAUCUUCACAGUUUCUUCCUGUUUUUUUUUCACAUUUCUCGAUUCUAGAAGUUUCUUCCUGUUUCUUUUCUCACAUUUCUCGAUUCUAGAAUUUUCUUCUUUUUCUUUUCUCCCAUUUCUCGAUUCUAGAAGUUUCUUCCUGUUUCUUUUCUCCCAUUUCUCGAUUCUAGAAGUUUCUUUUUCCUCGAUUCUUCUGUUUCUUUUCUCAUAUUUCUCGAUUCUAGAAGUUUCUUCCUGUUUCUUUUCUCACAUUUCUCGAUUCUAG